AUGACCUCCAACGGGUCCGAGGUCUUUGCUCACUAUCACGCUGCUUCCAGCGACGCAGCAAUUCAGGCUGAGAAGAAAUAUGCCGCUCACAACUAUCACCCAUUGCCCGUUGUCUUUGCUCGUGCUCAAGGUACUUCAGUCUGGGAUCCUGAAGGUCGUCACUAUCUCGACUUCCUCUCCGCCUACUCGGCUGUGAACCAGGGUCACUGCCACCCCAAGCUGAUCGCUGCUUUGGUGGAUCAGGCUUCCCGGGUGACACUGAGCUCGCGCGCGUUCUACAACGAUGUUUUCCCUCGAUUUGCCGAGUUUGUCACUCAAUACUUCGGCUUUGACAUGGUCAUGCCUAUGAACACUGGUGCGGAGGCGGUCGAGACUGGUAUUAAGAUCGCCCGUAAGUGGGGCUACAAAGUUAAGGGCAUUCCAGAGAACCAGGCUAUCGUAUUGAGUGCUGAAAACAACUUCCACGGCCGUACUUUCGCAGCCAUCUCCAUGUCAUCGGACCCAGAAUCGCGUGACAACUACGGACCUUACCUACCUGGUAUUGGGAGCCUCAUUCCCGGCACCGAGAAGCCCAUCACCUACAAUGACAAGGCCGCUUUACACGAAGCCUUUGAGAAGGCUGGCCCUAACCUGGCUGCGUUCCUGGUCGAGCCCAUCCAGGGUGAAGCUGGUAUUGUCGUACCUGAUAACGACUACUUACAGGAGGCUCGCGCACUGUGCGACAAGUACAAUGCGCUCUUGAUCUGCGAUGAGAUCCAAACGGGUAUUGCUCGAACCGGAAAGCUCUUGUGCCACGAGUGGAGCGGUAUCAAGCCUGAUCUGGUUUUGCUGGGCAAGGCCAUCUCCGGUGGCAUGUACCCCGUCUCCGCUGUACUGGGAAGGGAAGACGUUAUGCUGACUGUCGAGCCUGGCACUCACGGCUCAACCUACGGUGGCAACCCUCUGGGUUGUGCGGUUGCCAUCCGCGCCUUGGAGGUGGUCCGUGAAGAGAACAUGGUUGAGCGCGCAGAGCAACUGGGUCACGUCUUCCGAAAGGGAAUUGAGGAUCUCAAGAGUCCCCUCAUCCAAACCGUGCGCGGUAAGGGCCUGCUCAAUGCUAUUGUUAUUGACGAAUCCAAGACCAAUGGGCACUCUGCCUGGGAAUUGUGUCUGUUGAUGAAGGAGAAGGGCUUGCUGGCCAAGCCUACUCACGAAAACAUAAUCCGUCUGGCACCACCGCUCGUCAUCACCGACGAGGAGAUUCAGCAGGCACUGAAGAUCAUCCAGGAGGCACUGACUGAGCUCCCAACUAUUAAGGGAAAUAUUGAAGAAGACGUGAUUCCGCCCCUGGAGAAGAAGGCCAAGUUUAGUGAGAACUAA